CUUCUUAAUGGCAGAGGACAAAUUAGUCUUUUCGAACCUACUCAAAUCACAAGCUCAAUUACCGUCCGCCACUCAAGGCUUUUCAUCCUCCCGCGCUUCCCAAUCCCUUCCAAGGCCCCAACCCUAACUCCUUUUGCCAAACAGCCCCUAAAGAGUAAAGAGUAACAAUGGCGACAUUGUGUGGAAGAGCAAGACAGAUCCUACAAUCUUCCUCUACGAGAAGUGCCGUUUCGAAACUCUGGAACCCCAAAUCUUCUUUAUCUGCUGAAUCUUCGAAAUAUCCUGGCUUUACAGCUUCUCAUAAACCGCGUUUCUCUCUUCAAAACCUAUUCACUUCUUCUAGGAUUCCGGUGGAGUUGGGAUGUGCAGAAUCGUUAAUGCCUUUGCACACUGUGACCGCCUCUGCUUUGUUCACUUCAUUGCUAUCACUACAUUCACAGAGCUGGGGUUGUCUUUCUGAAGGUUUUGCUACCCCUCUAUAACAAGACCUUCAUAUUUGUAUGAGCCGCGGUGUGGUGCAAGUAUGAUUUGAACCUUCAUAGUUUGACAAAACCAUCAGAUGACAAGAUGGAAAGAAUUUAUAAGAUUUUAAACUCUUGAUUAGAUUCUGAAACUGGUGUUUGUUAGCAGGCUUCCUGCGUAGCACAGAAUUUUGAAAGCAAAGAAUACAACCAUGUAAAGAUUUGAUCGUUACGUGUUUGUCUCUUCGAUAUUUUGUUCCAUUUCCCCUUAACUAAAUAAUGUAGACCGAAACGUUUAGCCCUUACUUCACUCUACUGCUGAGGCCUGAAUGCUGGCUUGGAUCUUUUCCUACGCAUAGCUUCCCAUCCGAUUAUUUCUUUGCAUAUGUAUGACUGCAUUCAUACCAAUACUUCAAAUAGAAGUGUCCUUAACAAAUGCAAUAUACUUCAUAUGUUUUUUAAAGUUGGUUUGUAUUUAUAUAUAUAGAAUUUAGAAAACUACCAACAUGUUGACAUUUCCUUUAAAUUGGGAUCAAGGGUAAGAGUGGAGAAGAGAAAACGUUUGUUACCAAGGGAACUCCAUAAUUCUUCC